ACUUCUCUGUGUUUCCUCAAGCCUCGGCGCAGCUGCGCUGCGCUGACAUGCACAGCUCAAGUGGAUGGGUGGCGCGUGCCACCAUUGCUGCUCACAGCCAGAGGAGGCGGCUAAGGCAACUCAGAUUGCGUCGCACCCAGUGAAUGCCCACCAUCCCCACCACGAUCCGCACCGGGAGCGAGUGAAGAGCGAGGAAAGCCAUGACCACCAUGAUGGAUAUCAUGGGGGCCAACUUCAGAAGAGAGCCCAGUUACAGGUGAAAGACGGGGGCUUCGCUCUGGGCAACUUCGCAGCGACCAACACCGGCCGGAUCGAGGACUACUACGACAUCGAGAAGCAGAAGCUCGGGGAGGGGGGGUUCGGCUCUGUGCGCAAGGGCAGGGACCAGCGCACGGGGAGGGUCUACGCCAUUAAGACCAUCCGGAAGAAGGGGGUGGAAGAGCCUGAGAAGCUGAAGGAGGAGAUCGACAUCAUGAAGCUCUUGGAUCACCCCAACAUCGUGCGGUUCCAGGAAAGCUUCGAGGACCACCGCCUUCUACAACUGGUCCUUGAGCUGUGCGAAGGAGGUGAACUCAUCGAGCGGGUCUCCGCGGACGGGUCCAUCACUGAGAGGCAGGCGGCAGGCUGUGUGCGCGACAUGCUUCGGGCCAUCAACUACUUGCACAUGAAUAACAUCGUGCAUCGCGACUUGAAGCCGGAGAACUUCCUGCUGGCCACCAAGGAGGAGGUGGGCAAGACCGCGCUGAAGCUCAUCGACUUCGGCCUGGCCAAGCGCUUUCAUCCUGGCGAGCACAUGCGGACCAAGGCGGGCACGCCCAACUACGUGGCCCCAGAGGUCUUGGCGGGGCGCUACGACGAGAAGGUGGACGCGUGGAGCAUCGGGGUGAUCGCGUACUUACUUCUCUCGGGCAAGCACCCCUUCACCGGCAAGACCGUGGAGCAGGUGCUUCAGAGAGUGAAGAACGCCAACUUCGUGACGGAGGGAAAGCACUGGAAAGGUGUCUCCGUGGAUGGCAAGGGCUUUGUGCAGGCGUGCCUGCAGAAGGUGCCCAUGGCGCGGCCCUCGGCGGCGGCGUGCCUGAAGCAUCGCUGGAUCGAGCGCCUGGCGGAGAAAGAGGAUGGACCAGUGUCCGCCCUGCAGAUCGACGGCCUGGCGGCCUUCGGCCGCAUGCACAAGAUGAAAAAGGCUGUGGUCACCGUGAUCGCCGCGCAAAUGUCAGAAGAGAGGAUAGACCAGCUGCGGAACAUGUUCAUGUCUAUGGACCGCAAUGGGGAUGGCACUCUGACCGUGGCGGAGGUGAAAGAUGCCUUGGACAAGGCGCACCUGGACAUCCCCAGCAACAUCGAGCAGCUCCUCUAUGAGGCUGACACGGACGGGUCGGGUGUCAUCGACUACACCGAGUUCCUGGCUGCGACGCUGGACAAGAAGGUGUACGUGCAGGAGGACAUCGUUUGGAACGCCUUCAAGAAGUUCGACUUGGACAACAACGGCAGCAUCGACUUCAAAGAGCUGGAGCAGGUGAUUGGAGAUGUUGACGUGGCGCAAGCCAUGAACCUGAAAGACAGCGAGUCGAUCAACAACAUCCAACAGAUCUUCCAACAGGUGGACCAGAACCACGACGGCAAGAUCGACUUCGAGGAGUUCUUCACGAUGAUGCGCGGGGCGGAGAACAGCAGUCAAGCGGACGGCCAAGGAACCCCCGCCCACCGAGAUGAGCGACAGAAUCACAAGCAGGGGCAGCGGCUGAAGCUGUCAGGCCUUUUGGAAGACUUGGAUGAUGGAGGUGCACAAAAAGUCCAGGAGCUUUCGGUGAGUCAGCUGAAGCUUUCAGCCAAGAUCAUCUACUGAGUGAGCUGAACUUUUGUCCGGCAGAGCGCCGGAAGCAAAUGCCAUAAUCUUUGACUCCAAGGUCGAGGACCCGUAGUCUGUUUA